AUGGGUGACUACUCGAAAGCACUUGAAUUUUACGAAAAGUCACUUAAAAUCGAAGAAAUAGCUCUGCCUCCAAAUCAUCCCUCAUUGGCUACUUCUUACAGUAACAUCGGUCAAGUGUAUAACGCCAUGGGUGACUACUCGAAAGCACUUGAAUUUUACGAAAAAUCCCAUAAAAUCUACGAAAUAGCUCUGCCUCCAAAUCAUCCCGAUUUGGCUACUUCUUACGGUAACAUCGGUCAAGUGUAUAACGCCAUGGGUGACUACUCGAAAGCACUUGAAUUUUACGAAAAAUCCCAUAAAAUCUACGAAAUAGCUCUGCCUCCGAAUCAUCCAAAUUUGGCUACUUCAUACAGUAACAUCGGUCAAGUGUAUAACAACAUGGGUGACUACUCGAAAGCAGUUGAAUUUUACGAAAAAUCACAUAAAAUCGACGAAAUAGCUCUGCCUCCAAAUCAUCCCGAUUUGGCUACUUCUUACAGUAACAUCGGUCAAGUGUAUAACGAUAUGGGUGACUACUCGAAAGCACUUGAAUUUUACGAAAAAUCACAUAAAAUCUACGAAAUAGCUCUGCCUCCAAAUCAUCCCGAUUUGGCUACUUCUUACAGUAACAUCGGUCAAGUGUAUAACGAUAUGGGUGACUACUCGAAAGCACUUGAAUUUUACGAAAAAGAUCUCGAAAUCACAAAAAUAGCUCUGCCUCCAAAUCAUCCCGAUUUGGCUACUUCAUACAGUAACAUCGGUCAAGUGUAUAACAACAUGGGUGACUACUCGAAAGCACUUGAAUUUUACGAAAAAUCACAUAAAAUCUACGAAAAAGCUCUGCCUCCAAAUCAUCCCUCAUUGGCUGGAAGUCACUUGAAUUAUGCAGCAUGUUACGAGCGAAUGGGUGAUUACACGGCAGCUCUUAAGGCUCUUCAAAGUGCUUUUAAAAUUCAGCAGAAAACAUUUGAAGAAGGUAAUCCAGCUUUUGCUUCUACAUACAGCUGGUUUGCAAGAGUAUAUCGCGGUAUGAAAGACUACUCAAAGGCACUUGAUUAUUUUGAGAAGUGUCUCUCAAUAGAUCAAAAAACACUGCCUGAGAGACAUCCGUAUUUCGGUAUAUCAUACAGUAAUAUAGGUGAUGUUCAUCGAUUAAUGAGUGAUUAUGAAAAGGCACUUUCAUUUCAUCGAAAAGCAUUAAAUAUUCAAGAGAAUGUUCAAUGUAAUCCUCUGGAAUGUGCCACAACAUACGUAAAUUUAGGUGAAACUUAUCGACAAAUGAAAGAUUACUCAACGGCAUUAACAUAUUUUCAAAAAGGCUUAGAAAUACGUGAGAAGAAAUUACCAAAAGAUCAUCCUGAUUUAGCUGUUGUAUAUCACAAUAUGGGAAAAUUAUAUUUAUCUACUCGAAAAUAUAGUAUGGCAAUGAAACAUGUUAAACAAGUACUAGAAAUUGCUCAAGAAAAAUUACUUUCAACUCAUCCACAUUUGCUGGAAUAUAAAGAAACAUUUGAAAAAAUUCGAAAGAAAAUGUAA